CUUAUAAGCGAGUACAAACUAGGGUUGACUAUUUGAGUUUUCAGAUGAACAAACUAUAAACAUUUUUGGAGAAAAAGUUUUCAUUAAUGGCUGAUAUUUCUGAUACUUCCCCACAAACACAAACUGCCACCUCCUUCGACAUCGAAGAAGGUGGAUCAGGAGGUGAUUUAGGAUCAUCGGGGUUUUCCCGUCCUCUUCUAUCCGUAUCAUUCGUUCAAAAGUUGCUUGGGGAGUUCGUGGGGACAUUCUCUCUCAUAUUUGCCGGUUGCGCGGCUAUUGUGGUAAAUGAUACGUACGGUAAAGUGGUGACACUUCCUGGUAUAGCUUUGGUAUGGGGACUAACCGUAAUGGUUAUGAUCUACUCAAUUGGUCAUGUAUCCGGUGCACAUUUCAAUCCUGCUGUUUCCAUUGCAUUUGCCUCUUCGAGAAAGUUCCCAUUUAAACAGGUUCCGGGGUAUAUAGCUGCACAAGUUCUCGGCUCAACUUUAGCUUCUGAGGCUCUACGACUUGUGUUCCAGCUGGAGAACAACGUUUGUAGCCUCAAAGGCGAUGUUUAUGUGGGAACAUACCCGUCAAGUUCCAACAUGGCGUCAUUUGUUAUGGAGUUCAUCACUACUUUCAACUUAAUGUUCGUUAUCUCGGCUGUAGCUACUGAUAAACGAGCCAAUGGAUCAUUCGCAGGCAUUGCUAUUGGCGCGACAGUUGUACUCGACAUCCUGUUCUGCGGGCCAAUCUCCGGAGCAUCAAUGAAUCCAGCAAGAAGCUUAGGGCCUGCACUUAUAUGGGGAUGUUAUAAGGAUUUAUGGUUAUACAUUGUUUCACCGGUUAUUGGAGCAUUGGCAGGUGCAUGGACUUAUGAUAUGUUACGGUCUACAAACAAAUCAUAUGGUGAGAUAAUACGUCCAAAUUGCAAUAAAGUUUCUUCAAGAGAGCGCCAAGAAGCAUCUGAAGACGAGAUUUGUGUUCUUCAAGUGGUCAACCAAGCUAACCGGAAAGAAUUCAUAUGUUCAUCGCCCACUGAUAUCAACGACAAAAGAAAUGUCACAUGCAAGUUGCCGUAAGAUUAUUCACAACAUGAAUCUGUCGUGCUCUAUACUUUCAAAACUUUCACACACAAAAAAGCUUUGUUGACAAAAAGAAUUUCAAAAUCUGUUAAAUAUUUUCUAUAAAUACAGAGGUUAAAAAUAAGGAUUGUACUUUGUAAAAUAUUUUGUAACAUCCCGAGUUGUGAUAUGUGAAAAAGCUUAAGAGAA